CUGACCACUUCGGAUCUUUUCUUCAACCGCUCAAGUAACUGAACUUUUGAGUCCAACACCAAAUAAGACGCUUGAGUUAAUAAAGAACCUGAACCGGAUGCCUAUAAGAGACGCAGACCCCUCGCAGCAAUGCCUAAAUUAAUCCCAGCUCAAGAAGCGGCCAAGAUCUACCACACCAACUAUGUGAGAAACGCCAGAGCCAUCGGCGUGCUCUGGAUUAUCUUCACCAUCUGCUUUGCCAUCAUCACCAUGGUGGUUUUCAUUCAGCCUUACUGGAUCGGGGACAGUGUGGACACCCCGCAGUCUGGAUACUUCGGUCUUUUCCAUUACUGUAUCGGAAAUCCCAUCACAGGGGAGCUGGUGUGUAAAGGAAGCGCACUGGACUUCGGAUCCAUUCCCUCUGGAGCCUUUAAGACGGCUAUGUUCUUCGUAGGGAUUUCAUUCCUGCUGGUUGUGGGCACCAUCGGCUGCUUCAGCCUCUUUUUCUUCUGUAACACCGGCAGUGUGUAUAAGAUCUGUGCGUGGAUGCAGCUCGCAGCCGCUACAUGUAUGGUCAUAGGCUGUAUGAUAUACCCUGAUGGCUGGGACUCGGAGGAGGUGAAGCGCAUGUGUGGCCAGCGGACAGAUAAGUACACGCUGGGGAACUGCACGGUACGCUGGGCUUACAUCCUGGCCAUCAUCAGCAUCAUGGAUGCCCUCGUCCUCUCUUUCCUGGCCUUUGUACUAGGCAACCGACAGGACAAACUGCUGCCAGAGGACUUCCAGGUGGGAGAGAGCACAGAAGCAGCAUGAAGCCUCUGAUCUCCUCGUCGACUCGUGGCUCUGCAUCAGCCAACACAUCAGUCACCAUUUUUCGUCUAUGGAUUUUCUCUACAUCUGGAUUUUUCCCCCACUACUAUUAAGGGAAGAACUUUUGAUAUUGAUAACACAGCAGUUUUGUACUCUUUAGCCUUUAUCGGAUUUAAAUAUUUUUUUAAUAAUACAAAAAAAAAAAACCCACUAUAUGCCUCUUGCAAUACAAAAACAAA